AUGCCCACGGAGAUUCAAGAUGGAACAGCUAGUAGUGGCAAGCCGCCCACCAUCGGAUCGGCCCACCCGACUACCAAGAAUACCCAGAGUGCUCUCAAUUGGCUUACAGAGUCUCUGCAUGGUGCCGGAUCUACAUUUUCCUCAGCAUUUUCCGGCUGGGGUACAAAGAGAGAGAUCAGCGAGUUCGGAAAGCAACUUCAUGAGGAAUACGUGAGGAUGGAAAAGAUGGGUCGCAGUGUAAUCGACCGCGGUCCAAGAAAUACCCGCUACGUCUGGCCCUUCAUAGAAGAGUUCCAAAAAGACUUCAACACGCAUGAGUCUGAGUUGAAGGCGCAAGGUGGAAGAACCAUCGGCCUGGACUCUGACCAGUUGGAGCAAUUGUCGCUAGCUUACGUCUCCAUCGCGCCCCUAUAUGGAUGCUGCAUCCUGUUAUUGUCCUAUACCCGCUAUGUACCCGAUCUCAGGCUGGUACAGUUUCCAUCAAGCGAACCGCCCCUUCCCAAUAAUCCAACUCAUUACAACUCACAAACAUCAAUGUCUUCCAAUACUGGAUCUUCACUCGCUUCCAAAGACGGAUCGAGUCUGACUGGAUCCGGUACGAUCGACCCAACAUCUACGAGCCCUGCCAGCGAUCUACCCGCAGUGGAGCCUUCCGAGUCUUGUGCGAAGCGGCUUUACGGUGCUUGGAGGGCUGGCUUGGGACCCACCUACGGUAUCGACACCAAACGGGGCGACGAGUUCAUGCAGAUGUUCGACGCGCAUCCUCACGAUAUCAAGUGUCUCCGCAAAGACGUAGUCGCAGGCGAAGAUGAAGAGGAUAGAAGGGAACGUAACCGGCAGCGCGACCGGUUGAGGUCCGCUUACCUCAAGACCUCCCCGAGCGGCAAAGCGUAUUGGUCGACUGAGCAACACGAAGAAUUCAAAGGCCAUGUCGUUGGCUCUAAGUAA